GGGAGCGCACGGCUGGAUCCCACGGGCAAAUGAUGGGGGAAUGAAACUCGGCGUCGAUAACGUCUUUUCCCUUUUCCACAUGUAACGGGUCUUAUUGAGAAGGACUCGCACAUCACACAAGUCGUCCCCCAAAGCGCAGACAUUUUUUUUUCUUGCAGUAGAGCCGCGCGUAAAAUUGUGAGUAAAAAUGGUGAUAAGCGUCUUGGCAACGGUCACCGUCCUCCUGUCGUGGUGUCACUUCGUGGUGGCCACGCGAGUCGCUUUCUCCAACUUCUCACUAGACAACUCGGUGGACAGCGACGCGCGCUCCAGCUUCAUCCAGCGGCGUCUGCGGAGCCAGGAGCGCAGGGAGAUGCAGCGGGAGAUCCUCUCCAUCCUGGGGCUGCCCCACCGUCCGCGCCCUCUCGUGCACACCAAGCACAACGCCGCGCCGAUGUUCAUGCUGGAUCUGUUUAAUACAAUCUCCACGGACGCAGAGCCCGGGUAUCCAUACUACCAGACCGUUUUACCGACUCACACAUCUCCAGCAGUGACCCCGCAGGACAGUCGGUUCCUGGAUGAAGCAGACACCGUGAUGAGCUUCGUCAACCUAAUGGCCUGUGGACGGAUCGCCACCUGUUGCUUGGGUUUGAUCAACAUCAUUCCGUCAUGUCUUCUUCUGACAGUUGAUCACGAUCUCCAGUCGAAGGAGCACGCGAGGGAGUUUCGAUUCGACCUUUCCCGUAUUCCAGAGGGAGAGACCAUCACGGCCGCAGAGCUCAGGAUCCACAAGGAUUUCAUGCAGGAGCGCAGUGAGAAUGAAACGUUCAGAGUCAGCGUCUACCAGGUCCUGCAAGUGCCACCUAACAGUGAAGUGGAGCUGCUGCUGCUGGAUCAGAGAGAGGUCUGGGCUUCAGAGGAGGGCUGGCUCGUCUUUGACUUGACCACUACGAGCAACCUCUGGCUGGUCAGCCCUGAGCACAACCUCGGCCUGCGCCUGGCCCUGGAGGACGGCCAUGGUCGGAGGAGGAGCCCCCGGCUGGCUGGGCUGGUGACGGGCGGCGGGCCUCAGGACAAGCAGCCCUUCCUGGUCGUCUUCUUCAAAACAAACGAGGUGCGGUUCCGCAGCGUCCGCUCGGCCCACGGCCAAAAGGGACGCCAGCCUAACCGCUCCAAGCCUCAGAGGACCGUCCAAGAUGCACUGAAGGCGGUAGAGGCUGCAACAGAUAAUCUUGGCAUCUCUAAAGAAGGAUGUAAAAAGCACGAGCUGUACGUCAGUUUCAGAGAUUUGGGCUGGCAGGACUGGAUCAUAGCACCAGAGGGCUAUGCAGCGUAUUACUGUGAGGGGGAGUGCGCCUUCCCUCUUAACUCAUACAUGAAUGCAACCAAUCAUGCUAUUGUGCAAACUCUGGUGCACUUUAUCAACCCUGAGACAGUGCCCAAGCCCUGCUGCGCUCCCACUCAGCUCCAUGGCAUCUCGGUGCUCUAUUUUGACGACAGCUCUAAUGUCAUCCUCAAGAAGUAUCGCAACAUGGUCGUGAGAAGCUGUGGCUGCCACUGACUGCAUGCAUCCCCUUCACUUCUACAAAUCCUGACAGAUGAUGAAGAAAGACAGAGGAGGAGUAACCAGAGACAAGAGAGGACCGACUGGCUGGUCACAAGGGAGCUCUUGACACAGAGCAAAGUUUUAUGCUGCGAGUCUGUUUUUAUGACCAGCAGCUGAGCUGGCUAUAACCACUACCACAGGCCAAUAAGAACUGGACACAGAGAGAGACUGAACAAAGGAUUUUAUUUUUGUUUUCCUUUGAUCGCGACUUAAAAAAAAACGAGGGUGCUGCAGAGGCUUUAUGCAGUUUCUUCACAAGCUGAAAUAGAACUCUUAUUGCUAAAAGCCCAACGCAAAAAGAUCUUAUCACAUGUAACACAUAUCUGCAUUUUGAGAUGAGAAUAUAAAUUAUUGCCCGCGUGCUAAUGCGUGCUCGGUGAGAGAUUUCAUAAAACGUUAGACCUCCGUCUUCGUAUUGAACUUCUGCACCGUGGCUUUUGGAGCAGCUGGAUAAACCUGUGUCCAGCAAAAAAAAAACAAAAAAAAAACAUCUGGACUCUCCAACAAACUUCGCUGGUGCUCAGCAGGCCAGGCGGAGCGGGUCAGGUGUAAGACAUCUGGCAGCUCAGUGGAGAAUGACAGCGGAGUGGGAUUCACAUCACAGUGAGGCUGCUGGGUCUUACUUCCUGGCGCAGAUGCAUAUCACCACACCUCUGAAAGGCUCGAAGUCAGCAAGAUGUUGAUGAUUCAUCGUGGUGUGCGCCGUCGCCUCCACUGCAGCUGCCUUCUGGUGUCAGACCAGAGCUGCAGGUGUGCAAAGAUAGGCUUCAAUUUUACUUUGUCGCGUUAAGCGAGCUCAAUAAAUGAUGGAGAACCUGG